AUGGCUGCCAACGAGAUUAUGACACCAACAGUCAAUGCAAACUGCCAGUACUCAACCAGAUAUUGUUGGGAAGCAGAAAAAGUCAAAUCUUUGAUCAGAUUACGGGCGGAACUGUCGCCUCUGUUCACGGGCAAGCGAAAUGCCUCCAAAUAUGCCUGGGCCGUGGUUGAACGGGAGCUCAAUGUGCCGCUGCCUCUGUCGAAGAUCAUCAAGAAAUGGAACAAUCUCCUGCAGGAGUACAAGGCCAUCAAAAUGUCGGAGGAGCCGAAGCGCCGCGAGUGGCCGUUUUUCACCCUGAUGGAUGUCUACUUCAGCGACCAGGUGAACGAUCCCUCGCUGCGUCUCUUCUCGUCCACCAAGACCCUGAAGGAGACCCUCGACGACAGCGUCUUCGAGGAUGAUCCAAUCAUCGCCUCGGCCAUUGCCGCGGCCACCAGCGGCGCCUACAUGGACAUCGAUGAGCUGAUCAGGCGGCAAAAGGACCGUGCCGCCCUGGCUGCCGAGCGGAAGCUGGCGGCAGCUGCCAGCGGAGCCGCUGGCGACUACAAAUACGAGCUGAAGCCGAUGCUCCCGAACAGCAAGUUCAACAGCAACAGCGAGAUGGUGAAGCUGUCCAAGAGCGUGGACGAUCUGUCCAUGCAGCAGUACAAAAUCAAGCAGGAGCUGAUGCGCCAGCGCGAGCAGGAGCAGCAGGAGAACAUGGUCAAGAUCAAGCAGCAUGCUCGUCAGCAGCAACAGCAACAACAGCAGGCCCAACAGCAGGCACAGCAGCAGCACCACCAGGCCCAGCAGCAGGCACAGCAGCAGCAACAGCAGCGGUUCAUGAGCCACCAGCCGGCUUUAUCGCCGCAUCCACACCGCCUGUCGUCCUCGUCGACGCCACCGGGCCUGCAGCAUGCCCUGCAGCAGCAGCAGCAGCAGCAGCAACAAUUUGCGGCGCGCCAGCAAGCGUACCAGGCACAGAUACACACUCCACCGCAAUCGCACAUGCAACAGCAGCAGCAGCAGCAUCACCAUCAGCUCGCUCAUCCCCAUCAACCGCCCACGCCGCGCCCCAGCUCGCCGCCCACCACGGCGCAGCAGAUCCACAUCACGGCCACCCAGCACCAGGCCGCCCAGCAGCAGCUCCACCAGCAGCAGCAGCAGCACCAGCAGCAGCAGCAGACGCUCAAGCAGCAGCAGCAGCAGCCGUACACAGAUCCCAACACCAUCGACCAGUAUCUGCUGUCGUGGAAUAACUUCCACGGCAACAUGUGCCGCGGCUUCCACUCUCUGCAGAAGGACGAGAAAAUGGUGGACGUUACCAUUGCGGCCGGCGGCAAGAUAUUCAAGGCCCACAAACUGGUCCUGUCUGUUUGCAGUCCCUACUUCCAGCAGAUCUUCCUGGAGAACCCAUCGAGUCACCCCAUCCUGCUGAUGGCGGACGUGGAGGCCGGUCACAUGGCCGGACUGCUCGACUUCAUGUACAGCGGCCAGGUGAACGUUAAAUACGAGGAUCUGCCGGUGUUCCUCAAGGUGGCCGAGGCCAUGAAGAUCAAGGGGUUGCACACAGAGAAAAACCUGGACAGCGAUGCCAGUGACAUUAGUUCGCCGCAUGAGAGCGACGGCACCGAGUGCCGGUAUGAGCGGGGCACACAUAGCGUCAACAUAACCAGCGGACAUGCCGCCGGCUACGGCGGACAGCCCCAGCACCAGUCGUCGCCGUCACCGUCCCACAAUGGCCCCAACCGCUGUCCCACGCCCCUCUCCAGCGGGGGUGGCGGAGGCGGAGGAGCUGCCAGCUAUGCCGGCUUCCGGGAGCACAUCAAAUCGAAGGCGACGCUGGCGGAGACCUUCAUCAAGAAUCUCAAUCGCAACAACAACAACAACAGCAGCAGCAACAACUUCAAUAGCAAUGGCGGCAGCAUCAAUCUGACAGAGGCCGAGAGCAACAACUCCUUUGCCAUCCUGCAGGCCAACAGCAAGAAGAUGCUGGACUCGGCCCGCAAACAGCACAAGUAUCUGGCCAAGCGCAAGAUCCUGAUGCACUACAACACGGAGCUGGGCGCGGAGAAGCGGCUCAAGGAGAUGGAACGAGAGCGGGAGCGGUAUCCGAGCGCCGAGCAGCAUGACGACGCCCUCAACAACAACCACAGCCACGCCCACAGCCAGCAGGAGAGCAACAUCAUGGAGCCCAUUACGACAAUUGUGCCACAGACGCCGCCACCGGCCACGCACAACAACAGCUUCAAGAUACGCCUCGUGGAGAGUCAUCAUCUGACCAACAGUGGCAGCAACAACAACAACAAUAACAACAACAACAAUAACAGUAGCAACAGUGGCAGCAACUGCCACAAUGAUGAUGAAGAAGCCUUGAAUCUCGUACAAAUCCCGAAUGCAAAUGGCAGCCGGGCCCGCCCACAAACCCCAACACGCUCAACGCCAACACCCACACCCACGCCCACGCCCACGCCCACAUCGACGCCCACGCCGGACAUACAGCUGAUAAAACGCGAAGUGGAGCACGACCUGUCGGGCGAGGCCACCCAGAACAAUGGCCAUGACGAGGAACUGCUCUCCGGCGGCUACGACCGCAAGUACGACGACAACAACAACAGUCGCGCAAUGGACAUGGAAACGGACUCGAACAAUAACAACAGCAGCAGCGGAGGAGGAGGCGACAUCGGCAACAACAACAAUGGCAUAGCUUUGGCUCUGGGGAAGCACAAGCUGCUCAGCGCGAUCAAUCGGAGCCUGGAACUGGAGCAACAGCAACAGCAGCAGCAGCAGCAGCAACAUGCUGAGGAGCAGGAAGCGGAACACAACAAGAACAACAGCAGCAGCAACAGCCACGGGGAGCACGACAACGAUGACAACAACAAUCAUAGCCAACAUUUGGACCUGAGCACCAUCAAGAACAUAGCCACCGCCGAGAUACUGUGUGGCCUCAAGAGCAAGGUCCUCAAACUGGAGGAGGAGCAGCGCGAGCGGGAAAGGGAACGGGAGCGGGAGCGGGAGCGGGAGAGAGAGGCCUGCCGCAAUCUUAACUCAGAGAUCAAAAAUGCCGAAUGA